UCAUUCGGUCACUUGCUUCUUCAGCCAUCCCCUUCUCUCUAUAUCUGUCUCAUUCUCUGAAAUUAAGCGCCCUGAAAUGUUCGUAUACUUGUAGGCUAAUAUCAUAUUCAUAGAUGACGGUCGCCGGAGCCGGAGGAGGCGCACACAUCCUGGUGUUCCCUUAUCCUGCGCAGGGGCACCUGAUACCGCUUCUGGACCUAACCAGCCAACUGGUCCGCCAUGGCCUAGCCAUCACCCUUCUCGUCACCCCAAAAAACCUCGCUUUUCUCAAUCCACUUCGCUCCCGACACCCCGCCAUAAAAACCCUAGUUUUGCCGUUCCCGGGGUACGCCUCUCUCCCCGCCGGCGUCGAGAACGUCCAGCACCUGCCGGCGGGAAGCUUCCGCAUGAUGUUUCACGCAUUGGGUGGACUCUACGACCCUCUUCUCAGGUGGUUCCAUGCCCAGCCCUCGCCGCCGGUGGCCAUCAUCUCCGAUAUUUUCUUGGGCUGGACGCAGCACCUCGCUUCCAAACUGGGCAUCCGCCGCGUCGUCUUCUCUCCAUCCGGCGGCAUGGCCGUGGCGGUUAUGAAUUCCUUAUGGCGCGACCUACCCAAAGGAGAAGAUCCGAACGACGAUAACGCUCUCGUCUAUUUCCCUGAGAUUCCAAACUCGCCGGUUUAUCCAUGGCUGCAGGUGUCCCCACUCUACCGGAGCUACGUAGAAGGCGAUCCGGUUUCUGAGUUCUUGAAAGAUGGGUUCCGGGCCAACGUAGCGAGUUGGGGACUCGUGGUGAACUCGUUUAGUGGGUUGGAACGGGCCUAUCUGGCCCACCUGAAGAAAGAAUUGGGCCAUGAUCGAGUAUGGGCUGUUGGGCCGCUGCUGCCUUCCAAUGACGACCAAUCCGGUCCAACUGAGAGAGGCGGGUCCAGCUCGGUUUGGCCCAUAGAUAUUCUUUCCUGGCUCGACAGGUCUCAAGAUGACAGCGUUGUCUAUGUUUGCUUUGGCAGUCAAGCCGUGUUGACCAACGGGCAAAUGGAAGCGUUGGCUUUAGGGUUGGAGAAAAGUGGGGCCAGGUUUUUAUGGUGCGUCAAGGAGCCCACAGCUGGACACGUGUCCGGGAUGUACGGCGCAAUCCCAUCCUCGUUCGAAGAUCGUGCGGCCGGGAGAGGUAUGGUCGUACGAGGCUGGGCCCCGCAGGUGCUGAUACUGCGUCACCGAUCCAUCGGCGCGUUCUUGACUCACUGCGGGUGGAACUCGGUCCUGGAGGCGAUAUACGCCGGCGUGCCGAUGCUGGCUUGGCCCAUGACAGCGGACCAGUUCGUCAACGCGACGUUGCUGGUGGACGAGCUGAAGGUGGCCAGAACGGUCUGUGAAGGAGCUGGUGCGGUUCCCAACUCCGACGAGUUGGCUCGGUGUUUGGCAGAGGCAGUGGGGGAAAAAAGAGAAGAAAGGGUCCGUUCGGCAAAGUUGCGUGAAGCAGCACUGGAAGCCAUGAAAGACGGAGGAAGCUCUUCAAAAGAUUUGGUUGAUUUAGUAACGCUUCUUUCCGAUGGUGCUGUGAAUUGGUCAUCCAGAAGCGUGGCCACGCCAACUGGGUAAAGUAAAUCUCUACCUAUAUUCCUAUAUUAUAUAAACAAGCCAGAAUUAUAUAUAAUACUCUCUCUCUCUCUCUCUCCCCCAAUAUCCAUUUUAGACCUUGUUGUUCGUCGAUGAAACCCAUGUUACAAAAGGAGGAUAUGGCCCUUCACUUUCAUUCUAGCAUGUCUUCUCUUCUCUGCAAAACUGGCCACCAUGUGGGCUUGGCUUGCUGGCUGCAACUUCUUAUCCUCCCUACCAAUAAUAAUUUUGUAAAAGACUAGUGGUUUAGUAGACGUCACGGUAGAACGUUGAAUAAGAAGAUGUUAAUUAUUGGGCUUAAGUUGUAAUUACAUGACAUGAUGACAAAUAGUAUAUAGAAAUCCGA